AUGCACGGGCCGCCGGCCAACACGGCAGCGCGGCGGUCGCGGCACUCCAAAGACAAGGUGCGGCUCGAGGUCGAGGCUGAGUUUGAGGAGCAGCACACGUUCCGGCCGCAACUCUCGACGUCAUCGAAGCGAAUUGAUACAGCGAGCAGGGAGGAGCGGCUGGCGCGGCUGGCCGAGGACAAGUCCAAGUUGUACGUCGAGCGCGAGAAGCUGCGGCUGCAGCGCGAGCAGGACGAGGCGAAGCGGUUGGCUGCCGAGCGGAAGCGGCGAUCGUCGGCGCGGCGUGCCGGCGUGCAAAAGUCGCUCAAAGGCCGGCGAUCGUCCAGCUCCGAGCCGGUGCAGGAGCGGCUGUAUCGUGCCGGUGUCGAGGCUGCCGAAAGCCGACGGGAGCGGCUUGUGGCCGCGCAGUCUGAGCUCCCGCAGCAGUGCACGUUCAAGCCGCGGGUGAGCAAGAAGAAGGCAAGCAGGGACUCGUCGCGGGUCCCACUGUACAAGCGAGUGACUCAAGUCCAACGGUCGAAGAACGCGCGGCUACACAAGCUGCGGAUGGAGGUGAUGGAAGGCGACAGCAAUCUCACGUUCAAGCCGCAGACCAACAGCAAGCGGCGGACAACAAGCAAUCGCAAGGCACCAGUCUUUGACCGGCUCGCCAACGCGGCGCAGGUUGCCGAGGCACGCAAGAAGAAGCUCGAGCAGGAUCUGGAGCAAGAGCGGGCAGAGCAGUACACGUUCAAGCCGAAGAUCUCGGCGCGAUCCAAGGCGCUCGUGGCCACGUCGACGGAGCUUGGCGGCGACGCGUUUCUGGAGCGCCAGAAGCGUUACGAAGAGAGGUCGCGGCGUAUGAAGGCUGAGGCGCAGGCCGAGGCUGAGGCCCAGCUCGCCGAAGCUUUCCAGCCGGAAAUCAAUGCGCUUCCGAGCGAGGUCCGCCGUAGCCGCGAGGAGCCAUCUGAUCCUGGUGAGAGCUUCCUGGAGCGGUGCGAGCGGAUGGCGGUGAAGGACUCGGCGCGUGCGCAGCUGUUGCGGGCGAACGCCGAGGAGGAGUACUACUCGCAGUUUACCUUUCAGCCCAAGAUCAAUCCUGCGUCCCGGGCGCUGGCCAAGGACCGCUCGUUUGCGCAGCUGGCCGAAUCGACAGCGCCCAAGGCAGCGGCGGCCGGCGACGCGGUCGAAGCGGCAUUUUCCGAGGCUCAUCCCUUCAAGCCCAAGCUCAAUUCCACGUCGGCGCGGGCCAAGUCAUACUUGCGUGACACGUCGAACCUCAUGGCCCGCAUCGAGGCGGACCGACGGGCCAAGGAAAAGGCGCUCGCAGCCGCACGCCUCGAGCGUGAGGCUGCCGAGAUGGAAGAGUGCUCGUUUGCACCGGCGCGUGUGACAGCGUCAACCUCGCCAGAGGCAAACCGGGCCAGGCCCGUCCAGGUCAAGGGUCUUGAUAGAUUCAUGGAGCUGCAGCGGAUGCGAGAGGCCAAGGAGGCCGAAAAGCGCGAGCUCGAGCGGCGGGCGUUCUCUGUCUCACACGCCGCACUUGUCGGGCGUCCGCCGACUGCCGAUCGCUCGCCACCGGUCGGCAGCCAUGCCGAUGUCAUCUAUGCCGCGCGUGCGCCGGCGCCCUCGGUCCACGCCCAGCACAAGCCCAAGCCGCGGCCGCGGUCUGCGUACGUGCCGACCACCAACGCAUCGCGACAGCGCGAGCUCAUUCGCAAGAUUCUUGCCGACGAGGAUCUAGUCCCCAUCGGCGACGACGACGCGUUUAUGUUUGACGAAGAGUAAAACCGAGGCAGA